ACCACCACAAGACUCAUUCAAAACACCACUAAAACAUUGAACUGGACAGAUUCUUAUAGAUAUUGUCUUUUGGAUAGACUUCCAAACUUCCUUCUUCAGUUUCUUCCUUCUCUUUGUUCACCACACUUUGUUUAGUUUUGCUUUCUAUCUGAUUCUUGAUUGUUUUUUGGUUUUUGGUUUUGGUUAAUCUGUGGAGCACAUGUUUCAGAACCAGCUCAUUAGGGCACCAUCCUUCAGAGGGACUCUCAAAGCUCUUGAGGCUGAUAUACACCAUGCCAACACACUGGCUGAUGCUGUGAGGAGGGCUUAUGGAGGUUCUUGCAUUCAGAUGAAGUUGUCUUAUAGUCCUUUAGCCCCAAUCUUCCUGUUUCUCAUGAAUUGGAUGGGUUGUGGUUGUGGUUAUUCUCUUCCUAGUUAUUUGGGCCUUCUCCAAGUUCUUGUUUACAAGGUAUAUUUCGAUGAGGACUCGAGUGUGUCGUCAUAUGAAAGGAGGGCAAGUCUUAAAGAGUUCUAUGCUGUCAUAUAUCCAUCUCUUCAACAACUUGAAAGUAAUUUGGUUGAGAAGGGUGAUAUUAAAGAGAGGCUGAGAGGAAAUGAGAUGAUUGGCAGGAAGAGAAUGGAAGAAUGGAGGAAAAUUCUUGAUAUGGAUUCUGAGAGAGAUGAUGAAUGUGGAAUUUGUAUGGAGGCUUGUACUAAAAUGGUCUUGCCGAAUUGCAACCAUGCAAUGUGCAUAAACUGUUAUAGAGACUGGAAUAUACGAUCUCAGUCUUGCCCUUUUUGUCGGGGAAGCUUGAAAAGAGUUCGAUCGAGGGAUUUGUGGGUGCUCACUAGUCAUGGUGAUGUGAUUGAUACUACAAGUUUGGAAAAGGAGAACGUUAAACGCUUCUAUCGGUACAUUGAUAGCUUGCCACUGAGAGUUCCAGACAGCCUUUUCUUGGUGUAUUAUGAUUACUUAAUCUGAUUGAUGGGAAUAAUGAGACUGGUGUACAGCUUCCAUGAAAGCCGACCAUCUCUUGUAGAUAGAGUCCGGUAAGGAAAAGUUCCUUUGUUUCUCCAUGUCAAUUUGUCAAUGAGUUGCCAAAUGGAAUCUGAAUUCCUGAAAUUUAUGUUCUGGUUUCCAUAACCAUGUCAAUUGACAGAAGUUUAUGAUGUUCAUACAUUGUCUAAUGCCUCUUUUUGGCGUUUAUAAAAUACAAAAAAAAAAAAAGAAAAAGAACAAGAAAGAAGAAAUUGAAUCUUAUUCUUAUCUGAAACCUUGUGUGUUGAUUUUUGGUUUGACUUUACCUGCUUUGUCUGCUUUAUUUGACAUAUGAAAUUCAAUUCAAGACACGGAGCUAGUUGCUUCAAUACGUACAAAAGUACCAUUAAGACGGUUUUGCGAGUUAACAGAAAGCUUUGAUCCAAUUAAUCUAUAAUUGUUCUGAUGAUAGUAAAAAGGGGGAUCAUCAAUGAAUGACACUUCUGAUAGCAUGGAGCAUAGCAUUUCCUUACAAGUUUGUUGAAUGUGAGUUUUCAAAAUUUAAUCUUAAUCAAAGAAACAUUUGUUCUUGCAUUUUGUUUUGUUAGAAAUUCACUUGAUCAUGGAUUAUGUUUCCUUGAUCCUUAACGGGAAACCAUGAUAAUUACUAUGUUCUUAUUGGUUUAGGUUUGUAUUCUAGGCCGUAAUUUGAGUUAUUAAAUACUCUUCAUAUGUUGUUGUUUUUAAGAAAUGAAUCCUGUUUAUAAAUGUUUACAAACUGUGAGAAAUAAUCUCCUUCAAUUGCUAUUCUGUGAUCAUGAUUUAAGAUGCAAAAUCAGUAGAAAAUUAUUAUUCUUCCACUUAUUUUCUGCUUAAUUAUUGUUCCUUCUUUUCUGUAUUUGAUAGAAAUCAU